AAUAACCUGAAGUCUAAGGGCAUGAAUAUCAGACGCUAGGGGGACAGCCACUGUGUUGUCUGCUACCCUCAUCCUGGUCACUGCUUCUGCUACAACAGCCCUAGGCCAGGAAUAUGAACAAGCUGCUGCUUUGGAUCUCUGUCCUCACAAGCCUCCUGGAAGCCUUUGCUCACACAGACCUCAGUGGGAAGGUGUUUGUAUUUCCUAGAGAAUCUGUUACUGAUCAUGUAAACUUGAUCACACCGCUGGAGAAGCCUCUACAGAACUUUACCUUGUGUUUUCGAGCCUAUAGUGAUCUCUCUCGUGCCUACAGCCUCUUCUCCUACAAUACCCAAGGCAGGGAUAAUGAGCUACUAGUUUAUAAAGAAAGAGUUGGAGAGUAUAGUCUAUACAUUGGAAGACACAAAGCUACAUCCAAAGUUAUGGAAAAGUUCCCGGCUCCAGUGCACAUCUGUGUGAGCUGGGAGUCCUCAUCAGGUAUUGCUGAAUUUUGGAUCAAUGGGACACCUUUGGUGAAAAAGGGUCUGCGACAGGGUUACUUUGUGGAAGCUCAGCCCAAGAUUGUCCUGGGGCAGGAACAGGAUUCCUAUGGGGGCAAGUUUGAUAGGAGCCAGUCCUUUGUGGGAGAGAUUGGGGAUUUGUACAUGUGGGACUCUGUGCUGCCCCCAGAAAAUAUCCUGUCUGCCUAUCAGGGUACCCCUCUCCCUGCCAAUAUCCUGGACUGGCGGGCUCUGAACUAUGAAAUCAGAGGAUAUGUCAUCAUCAAACCCUUGGUGUGGGUCUGAGGUCUUGACUCAACGAGAGCACUUGAAAAUGAAAUGACUGUCUAAGAGAUCUGGUCAAAGCAACUGGAUACUAGAUCUUACAUCUGCAGCUCUUUCUUCUUUGAAUUUCCUAUCUGUAUGUCUGCCUAAUUAAAAAAAUAUAUAUUGUAUUAUGCUA